UCCCUGGCCUCCCCGGACCCGGAAAAGAAUGUGGGUCGGGCAGCUGGAAAGAGACACGCCCAGACCAGCCGGCGGGCUGGGACGCGGAGGGAGCCUUGCGGGCCGGGCGCGCGGACCCGGGACUCCACGUGCUCCGCGCGGGGGUUUCCGCGUCCUCCGGGCGUGGCCGGAAAAGGAAGUCGGCGCUGCAGUGGCCUCCCCAGCAACAGCCGCGGCACCGGCCACCCGCCCCCAUCCGGCCGGGCCACGGAGCCAGCGCAGCGGCGGGACCCUGAGCCUCCCCCAGCCGAGCAGCGCCGCGCCGCCGGGCGCCCAGCAGUCCCAUGGGGCCGCAGCGACCGCUGCCCUCCGCCGCGGCCGCCCUGCUCUGGGGCUUCCUGCUCCGGCUGCUGCUCAGGAAGCAGUCCUGCACGCGUCUGGAAAUGGCACAUCCUCCCUGUCUAAGGACUACUGCAUGCUCUAUAACCCUCUCUGGACAGCUCUUCCAAGUACGCUGGAAAACGCAACUGCCAUUAGUUUGGUGAAUCUGACUUCCACACCACUGUGCAACAUUUCUGAUAUUCCUCCUGAUGGAAUAAAGAACAAAGCCGUUGUGGUUCAGUGGGGAACCUGCCAUUUUCUUGAAAAAGCCAGAAUUGCACAAACAGGAGGUGCUAAAGCAUUGUUGGUUGCCAAUAACAGUGUCCUGUUUCCUCCCUCAGGGAACAAAUCUGAAUUUCCUGAUGUGAAAGUACUGAUUGCAUUUUUUAACCACAAAGACUUUAAAGAUAUGAAGCAGACUCUUGGAGAUAAUAUUACUGUGCAAAUGUAUUCUCCUCCAUCAUGGCCAAACUUUGACUAUACUAUGGUGGUUAUUUUUGCAAUUGCUGUGUUCACUGUGGCAUUGGGAGGAUACUGGAGUGGACUGAUUGAGUUGGAGAACAUGAAGGCCUUGGCAGACGCUGAAGACAGUGAUGUGCGGAGAAAGAAGGAAGACUAUUUGACUUUUAGUCCCCUAACAGUUGUUGCAUUUGUGGUCAUCUGCUGUGUUAUGAUGGUCUUGCUUUAUUUCUUCUACAAAUGGUUGGUUUAUGUUAUGAUAGCAAUUUUCUGCAUCGCGUCAGCAAUGAGCCUAUACAACUGUCUUGCUGCACUAAUUCAUAAAAUCCCAUAUGGAAAAUGCGCAAUUGUGUGUCGUGACAGAAGCAUUGAAGUGAGACUUAUUUUUCUCUCUGCACUGUGCAUAGCAAUAGCUGCUGUUUGGGCCGUGUUUAGAAAUGAAGAUAGGUGGGCUUGGAUUUUACAGGAUGUCUUGGGCAUUGCUUUCUGUCUGAAUUUAAUUAAAACACUGAAGUUACCUAACUUCAAGUCAUGUGUGAUACUUCUAGGCCUUCUUCUCCUCUAUGAUGUAUUUUUUGUUUUCAUAACACCAUUCAUCACAAAGAAUGGCGAGAGUAUCAUGGUUGAACUUGCCGCUGGACCCUUUGGAAAUAACGAAAAGUUACCAGUCGUCAUCAAAGUACCGAAGCUGGCCUAUUUGUCAGUAAUGAGCGUGUGCCUCAUGCCCGUUUCCAUAUUGGGUUUUGGAGACAUUAUUGUACCAGGCCUGUUGAUUGCAUACUGUAGAAGAUUUGACGAGCAGACUGGUUCUUCUUCUUCUAUAUACUAUGUCUCCUCCACAAUUGCCUAUGCUGUGGGCAUGAUACUCACAUUUGUUGUUCUGGUGCUGAUGAAGAAGGGGCAACCUGCUCUCCUCUAUUUAGUGCCCUGCACCCUCAUUACCGCCUCAGUUGUUGCUUGGAGACGUAAAGAAAUGAAAAAGUUCUGGAAAGGUAACAGCUAUCAGAUGAUGGACCACCCAGACUACGCAACAAGUGAAGAAAACCCUGAGGCAGCCGGUGAGCAGAUUCUCCCGCAGUAACAAUAUGUGGACCUGCCCUUCGUGUCGGCUGAUUUUUUGCAGAGUGUUUGACAUUUUAAAUGGACUUAUGAAUUGACAAUCUGAAAGGAUCUCCAGUGACAUACUUGCAAAUACACAUUUUUAAGAGCUGGUACUGACAAUUAUAAGUAAUUAAAAUGCAUUUGCUUUUAACUAUGUUAAAGUUGUGCCUUCACAUUAAAUAAAAGGAUAUGCUCUGUAUAACUUUCAAUAUUAUAUACAGUAUAUUUUUUUAGAAAAAGUAUUGAUUCAUCCCUGUAUUUUUCUUACUGAAAUCAACUUCUUUUCAACUCGAGUGAUAAAGUAUUUCUGUCCAAGUGAGUUUCUGAACAGAUUUUACUGAAAAGAAUUAUGCAAAUUUUAUCUUCUAUAGACAUAAAUAUUUAAGAUUAUGCAAGAACAAAGUUCAAUGAUGAAAUUUUGGACUUUUAUCACUGCAAAGGUUAGAAAAAUAUAAUUUGGGAAUAUAUAUAAGGGCAUAUUUUUAUAGCAUAAGUUUAAAAAUGUUUUUUUUAAACUUAAGAACCUAAAUUGCUUCAAAUUGCUAUGUAUUAUGUUAGAAUAUUUUUCCAGGUAGAGAGAAACAUAAUAUAUAGAACUAGUCAUUAAAAGGACACAAAAACUGACA